GGUGGCAGCCGCCGGGCCAAUAUGGAGCUGCCACAGAUGCCGGAGCUGAUGGGGGUGUCGCUCUUCCUCGGGCUGCUGGCCCUGGUGGCGACGGCGGCGGUAGCGCGGGGGUGGCUGCGCGGAGAGGAGGAGACGAGCAUCCGGUCUGCGGGCCAAAAAGCAAAUGAAUUUCCACUUGACAAGUCCUUGAGAUCCAAGAAGCAGAAACAGCAACAGCGUAUUCGCAAAGAGAAACCUCAGCAACACAACUUCACUCAUCGCCUCCUGGCUGCAGCACUGAAGAGCCACAGUGGGAACAUAUCUUGCAUGGACUUUAGCAGCAAUGGCAAGUACCUAGCCACUUGUGCAGAUGAUCGCACCAUCCGCAUAUGGAGCACAAAGGACUUCCUGCAGCGGGAGCAUCGCAGCAUGAGAGCCAAUGUGGAGCUGGACCAUGCUACCCUGGUGCGCUUCAGCCCUGACUGCAGAGCCUUCAUUGUCUGGCUGGCCAAUGAAGAUACCCUCCGUGUCUUCAAGAUGACCAAACGAGAGGAUGGGGGAUAUACUUUCACGGCCACCCCAGAGGACUUUCCUAAAAAGCACAAGGCACCUGUUAUCAACAUUGGCAUUGCUGACACAGGAAAGUUCAUCAUGACUGCUUCCAGUGACACAACUAUCCUCAUCUGGAAUCUGAAAGGUCAGGUGUUGUCUACCAUUAACACCAACCAGAUGAACAAUGCACAUGCUGCUAUAUCCCCUUGUAGCAGGUUUGUGGCCUCUUGUGGCUUCACCCCAGAUGUCAAAGUUUGGGAAGUCUGCUUUGGGAAAAAAGGUGACUUCCAAGAGGUUGUACGAGCCUUUGAAUUGAAGGGCCACUCAGCAGCAGUCCACUUCUUUGCUUUCUCCAAUGACUGCCGGAGGAUGGCCUCUGUCUCCAAGGAUGGUACAUGGAAACUGUGGGACACAGAUGUGGAAUACAAGAAGCAGCAGGACCCCUACUUGCUGAGGACAGGCCGCUUUGAAGAGGCGAGCACCAUCCCAUGCCGCCUGGCACUCUCCCCUGAUGCUCAGGUCUUGGCCUUGGCCAGUGGCAGCAGUAUUCAUCUCUACAAUACCCGGCGGGGUGAGAAAGAAGAGUGCUUUCAGCAGGUCCAUGGGGAGUGUAUCACUGACUUGUCCUUUGACAUCACUGGCCGGCUUCUGGCCUCCUGUGGAGACCGGGCAGUGCGGCUGUUCCAUAACACCCCUGGCCACCGGGCAGUGGUGGAAGAAAUGCAAGGCCUCCUGAAGCGGGCCUCCAAUGAGAGCACCCGUCAGAGGCUGCAACAGCAGCUGACUCAGGCCCAGGAGGCCCUGAGGAGCCUGGGUGCCCUGAAGAAAUGACUCUGGAGAGUGCAGCAGAAAGGAUCUGGCCUUCUGCUGCCACCACUGCUGCCACUUUUUUCCCCAGCUGGAAACCUUUUGAAAGGG